AUGGUCGCCAUCAACAUCUCCACCCUCACAGCCGUCCUGGCACUCAUCACCACCAUCACCGCCGCACCAGUCAAGCUGGAAAGCGACUCCCUAUCCGUUCGAUCGAAGCUCGGUCCGGAGUUCGUCCACGCAGGUGCCGAGGAAGGCUUACAGCAGAUCAACAACGACAAUGACCAGUACAAAGCUCCACGGCCUAACAACCCAUCUGGGAACCAUAAGAAUCCCGAUGGUCAGCAUCUGACUGGAGAGAAUCUUCCUCGUCCGCAGCAACCUCCUCCGCAGGCGAAGAAGUCUCGUCCACAGCAGUCUUAG